AUGGACAGGCGCCACCCUUCCAGCUUCCAGCAGCUGGAGAAGCUGGGCGAGGGCACAUAUGCCACCGUCUUCAAGGGCCGCAACGGCCAGACCGGCCAGUUCGUCGCGCUGAAGGAAAUCCACCUCGAUAGCGAAGAGGGCACCCCGAGCACCGCCAUCCGCGAGAUCUCCCUCAUGAAAGAGCUGAAGCACGAGAACAUUGUGAGCCUCUACGAUGUGAUCCAUACCGAGAACAAGCUCAUGCUGGUGUUCGAAUACAUGGACAAGGACUUGAAGAAGUACAUGGACAGCUACCAAAACCCAAAUGGCGGACAGCGUGGUGCGCUCGAUGCUGCGACUAUCAAGAGCUUCAUGUGGCAGCUCCUGCGCGGCAUCGCCUUCUGUCACGAGAACCGCGUGCUGCAUCGCGAUCUGAAGCCACAGAACCUGCUCAUCAACGCCCAAGGCCAGCUGAAGCUCGGAGAUUUUGGUCUCGCACGCGCUUUCGGUAUUCCUGUCAACACCUUCUCCAACGAAGUGGUCACACUCUGGUACCGUGCACCUGACGUCUUGCUCGGCAGCCGAACCUAUAACACUAGCAUCGACAUCUGGAGCGCGGGCUGCAUCAUGGCGGAGAUGUUCACGGGUCGGCCACUCUUCCCUGGUACUACCAACGAAGACCAACUGCUCAAGAUCUUCCGCCUCAUGGGCACUCCCUCCGAACGCAGCUGGCCCGGCAUCAGCAGCUUCCCGGAGUACAAGCAGACCUGGCCAGUCUAUGCGACUCAGGAACUACGUGCUUACCUCCCACAAGUCGACUCGGUUGGCCUCCAGCUCCUGGGCCAGCUUCUUCAGCUGCGUCCUGAGAUGAGGUGCAGCGCUCAGCAGGCUCUUGCGCAUCCCUGGUUUGCGGAACUCAACGCGCGCUCGCAGCAGGCAGCACAGGGAGGCUUCACGACGCAGUCGGUUCAGGGCAUGACUGUCGGACAGCAGAGAGCGUACUAG